AUGGCCGUGCUGGUGCUGAACCAUGGAAAUUUGGCACCUAGAUGGAUUACGAUAUUGGACCACGCUCCAAAACAAGCUCCAAAAACCCUUCUCAGUGGCACAUCUACUCUUCAUCAGCUCAUCGCCAUCGUCAACUUCGCAGCUCUCGCUCACAUACCAUCGUCAAACGAGCAUCUCUGCCACACCACCUACACCAUGGCAUUCGCCCUCCCCCUUUCCGACUUAACACCAAACGGAACGGCACCACCUCCCUACGAAUUGGCAUCAAAGCGCCAGCCAAGCCGCCGCCACCUCCAACCCAGCUAUCCAACGCCACCUCCCUCCUUCCUCUCCUCCACCUUCCAGCCCGCCAUCCGUCCCGUAACCGUCUUCUCCAUCUUCCUCUCCACCACCGCAACCCUAGUUGCCGCUAUAUACCUACUAUCCUACGAGCUCAUGGCCCUCGGCUCCGACGAGGUCCAGAUCCCGCCGAUCGUAACCACGUGCGUGCUCUUCCCUUUUGCUACCCUGGUGCACCUCGCUUCCACGGUUGCUUAUGCGAAGAAGCGGCCGCGGGCGAGCCCGGAGGAGGCGGUGGCUGGGAAGAGUUGGCUUAUGGGGAGUUUGCAGAGUCUGAUUGUGAUUUUGGGGGUGCUGGCGGGGUUGUAUGCGUUUGUCUGGAUCAUUGUGGGGAUCUUGCUCGCUGCUGGAAUUGCGGAAUUGCAUGGAUAG